AUGGCUGCGGCUGCAGAGGCCGAGGCAGAUGCCGAGGCAGACGAAGAACGGCGCGACCGAGAACGUAUUGAGAGAUUACUAAGGGAGAUGAUGGCCAGACAACGAGCCCGGGCGAAGAGCAAGGGAUCCUCUGUCCCCCCGGGUUCUAGUGGCGGGGCAGCGUCGCACAGCACUCAGUCACAUUCGUACUUUCAGAUAAGAGGAGGCCCACGGAGACGGAGGGACAUUAACAAUAACAAUGAUAACCACCUGCCGACGCAACGACGGACUGCACCAGACACUGAAUUAGGCCGCGCCAUUGACCCGACCGGGUACUUUGAUCAUGCACACGGGCAUGAGGACGACCUUGACUAUGAUGGCCACGACCAUGACCAGGACAACAGCGAAGGGCCCAGUCACAGUGAAAGGUCUCGGAACCAUGGUCGUGACCAGGAUCGAGAUUCUGAGUCGGAAGCCGAGCGCGAGGAGCUUAUGGGUCUGAUCGUGGGAAGUCUACAACGAGAAGUUGACCGCGCGGACGAAGAGGCCUGGAUGUUUGGCGAAGCAUCCAUCAUGGGAGCCGGGGCUGGACGGGAUGAAAUCGGAGUCUAUGACUGA